AACCACUCCUCACACAAAAGCCCUUCCUUCAAGCUCGCUAGCGGGAAGCUGCAAUCGAGAAGUGUACAGCAGGAAUGAAUGGUAAACAACCCGUUUAGGUGUUAUUUAUCGCUCUACAACACUAUUUUAAAGGCCAAUGCAUACAGAAGGCCUUCGGUAACGUACGAAAAGGAGACGAAAGCGUUCAUUUUCCGCGCGUUUGUUGUGUCGUGUUAGCCACCACACAAAGCUAAUAUUGGUUAGCAAGGCAGGUGACGUUACAGCUGUUUUCUGGCUGUCAGUCGCCCCACGUUGUUCACCUCUGGAACUCAGACCGCCACGGAAGCGUCAAACUCUCACUUCGUGUUUGCACAGAUAGAUACAGUCACAGUCACACGCUUACCAUAGUAAUCAAAUGACAAUGAGGCUGUCCCGAGCUGAAUAUAAAGAGAUCGUGAGAUGCACCGAUCAACUGAGACCCACGCGCCAAUGUAUGAAGACGCUGAAAGAAAGAUUCCCAAAUCACUCGCAGUCCACUCUUCUGAGCAUCUUCUCCCUGGAGUACCAGAAACGAACCAAACGAACUUUCUCGAGACACCACGCACCAGAAGUCAUCGACAGCCACUACCAGAGGUAUCUAAGUGAGGCGAAAGCACACCCCGCUGCUCCUGUGCUGCUGGAAUUGGCCAAUAAGGUGGAUCUGUCUCCUGCACUGAUGGCUCGUAUCAUCCUGGAAAGGUUCCUCCAGGGCCUUGAGGGUGAAAUGCCCUCUAAAAACGUCCUGAACAGCAUGCUGAAGGAGCCGUCAUUAGUUCCAGACCAAAUUUUGGCCAAAAACAUCUACCAGUGCACAAUAAACGACUGCUGUUAUGGACCGCUGGUAGACUGCAUCAAACACGCUAUUGGCCAGGAGCAUGAGGUGCUCCUCUGUGACAAACUGAAGGAGAGGAACCUUUCUUUCCUAGAUGAAAACCAACUGAGAGUUAUGGGCUAUGACAAAACACCAGAUAUCAUACUGGAGGUUCCCAUUGCCGUGGAGGGACACAUCGUACACUGGAUCGAGAGCAAGGCCUCAUUCGGGGACGACCACAGUCACCGCACCUAUCUCAAUGAGCAGUUCUGGAGCUACUGGAAUAGGUUUGGUCCGGGCCUGGUGAUCUACUGGUACGGUUUCAUAGAAGAGCUGGACUGCCAAAGAGACCGAGGCAUCCUGCUCAAAGACUGCUUCCCGACAGACAUUGUCCUGUGCCACGCCGCCCAGCAGAAUGGGCCGCCACAUGAGCCGGAAUAAAGACAAAGAGUGAAAAAAGCAAAAAACUGGAGAUGGAAGGAAGGAGAGAGGAAAACAAGGAGGCGGGAAGGGUAGAAGCAGGGGUGUGUACCUAAAUCCGGAAGCAAUUUGGCUUUCCUGCAGAGUGAGUCGAAAAUCUGCCCUGAACUCCGCCUGACCCUCCGUCUCCGUCCGUCUCUCCCUUCCUCUCUUCCACUGCCCCAAAGCUGCCGCAUGUAAACACACACCACCUAGCUGCAGAGCCGACAGCACAGGGUCACAUUCAUACCUGUGUGCAAAAAAACACGCGCUUUCCUGGUGGUGGUCAGCUCCUGGCCCCUGGAUGGCCUCUUGCAACGGACAGCCCGGGUGAGAGCCAGGACCAAAGCAGGACAUCGGGCCCUUCCUUAUCACACCCAAAGCCCUGGCCUUUGUCACUCCUUCCUCCUCCACUCCAUGAGCAGAUAAGAGCGAGGCGGUCCAGGGCCCGGGUGGAAGCCUGUCUCUCACCUGCGUCACUCAGUGCACUCUCUGUCACUUUCCGGGGGGUAAACAGGAUCAUUUUCUGAUUAAAGGUGGCCUCAGGGUGACCUUUUCACAUUACUCUUUCAAAUCUAUUAAGGGUUUUAUUUUCUUGAGCACAGUGAGUUGAGACACGGUUUGACAAAACUUGCCAAUAUUUUCUACCUGCUUCUUUAGAGUGGAUUAUAUUAACUAACUAGAAUUCUGGAACUAGAAUUGUCCAAAAUGUUUUGUUUUGUGAGCUUUAGUCAGACUGUAAAUGCAUUACACAACAGGUUUUUUUCUCCUCAGCUGGUUUGCCUUGUGUUUUAAAUCAUACUUUUUCAGUGUUGCAAUGAAAUAAAUUUUAAGACGAUUCAGCGGUUGAAUUUUUUUUUUCUUCAUUUCAUCAUUUGUUUAAAAAAAAAAAACAGAAGGCUGUCUCAAUUCCCCCCUCCUUGAUAAAAA